ACUCUCUUUAAUUCAAUACUAGUAAUCAAUUCCAAGCAUUCAUUUGUUAGAAGAUGGGAAACUGUAUUGUCAAAGAAUCAUCCACACAAUGGGGAGGGGAUGAUUGGGGCUGUCUGUCGACGUUGCCAUCAGAGGCCCAAAAAACCGUGUUUUCUGGUGGGGCUGGCCAAGACAACAACAGGUUGUAUAUGAAGAAGAAGCCAACAAAAAUGGAGGAACAGAGUUUUCUUAGAGGGAAGCAGGGGGCUAAAUCUUUUCCUUCGUCUACCACAGCAGGGACAGAGGUGAAGAUCAAGAUCACGAAGAAGCAGUUGGAGGAACUUCUGAGUAAGGUGGAUGUGCAGGGGAAACCGGUGAAAGAGGUUUUAACACAGUUGCUCAACCUUAGUGAUCAUGGAAAUGAGACGCAUCAUCCAAGCUCCUGGAGGCCUGCCCUGCAAAGCAUACCAGAAGCUGAGGUGUAUUGAACAAAAGGGUAGGUGUUAAGUUAACUAGGAGGUCCUGUAAAGUUUGUUAAUUGUAUUCGUAUAGUAGUAUUUGUUAGGUCCUGUAAAGUUUUUGAUUAGGUUCUGAAUUCAGACAUAGAUCAUGCAACCCUCAGCCUCCAUUUUUGUCUGUGUACAUACGAAACAGGUUGAACAUCAUCAUGUUUUUUGUUUUUCUGAGACUUGACGGUGUCAGUUACAUGAAUCAAAUACU